AGUUGAGCCUUAAGAUCCUCUUGCAGUCAUACGGAGUUGUGGCUGACUGAUGGCUCAGAUUUGCACCGGAAUCCGGUAACUCUCACAGCCCUUUGAGUCCUGUGUACUCCAUCGAACCCGCAAUACAAACUACGUCGUCGACACUAAGUUACCUACCCUACACCAAUAUCUACCAGCCCAGCCUGGGCGGGUCCACAUACUCGACCGGCGGGAAUUCUUACUUUUCUCCGCCCUCGAUCUUUUCUAUGCCUGACAUCAAGCCACGACUGAGUUCACUUAAUCCCUCCCCUGGGAUGGCACCACCAUCCCGCUCACCUGCAUUACCACAUCUACAGUCACCAAUAACAGCUCGAGACCUAUACACAAGUGCAACACCUCACCUCCGGAGGACUUCCGAACUGCUCUCCAGGUCUCCAUCGACCUCUGGAACCAUAAGAGGCGUGCCGCUAUCACCAUCAUCGAGUGGGGGGUUCACGAGUCCGAGCAACAUGGAUAGCUCCGUUGGGAACACAUCUAGCCCCCCACUCCACCCCACUGAAGUAAUACACCAACUGCAGACAUCAGAUGGGCAGAUCAUCCGGCCAGAAAUAUUCGGCAGAAUCGAUAAAGGCUUCUUCAUGGCAGACAAUGACUGGACUUGCUACCGGAGGAAUUACUUCUCCUUGAACUGCUCAUAUACUCUCCUUCCUACCGUCCCAAACGGUAGCAUACACCUCAUGCAACAUGGCGGAUCCUCUCCGCAGGUCUAUGGGUUCGCCCUCUCGAUCGCCGCAGUCGUUGAUGGACGAGAUGGAAAAUCUAUCGAGCUCGUUCAGCACACCCCAAAGCGAGACAAAGGGCCCCAAGAUAAACCAGCCAGAAUAGCUCUCGCCCCUCGCUCUCCCCCACCCCCAGGGAUGUAUGGGGGCGACAGCAGCCUCGCUGGUGGAUCACGAGGACUCUACGAUCCCGGGUUCGGACAAAACCCAAACGCCCCGGCCACAGAGGCCACGUUCGAGCGUAUCCAGUUCAAGAAUGCUACAGCCAACAAUGGAAAGCGCAGGGCGGCCCAGCAAUACUAUCAUCUGCUUGUGGAGUUGUUCGCAGACGUCGGUGCACAGCACUCGGAGCGCUGGGUCAAGAUAGCCUCGCGCAUGUCCGCGCCGAUGGUUGUCCGCGGCCGCUCGCCGGGCCAUUAUCAGAGCGAGCGUCGGGGUAGCAACGCCAGCACUGGACCUGGUGGAUCCGGCGGCGCUGGCGGCGGUGGUUCCUACAAUGCACCGGGUGGCGGCUCGUCUCGCACUCCAGGAGACAUCAGUAUGUCGGGGACGUCAUCGAUGCUUCCCAGUUCCAGCUACGGCGGCGCGUACGAUAACCGCUCGCAUCACUACCGCUCCAACCUGCAGAUCCCUAUGGAGCCGACGAUGUCGGCCGAGGAAGCAAAGAGCAUCGAGGAGGCGCCGUGUUACUUAUACUAUCCGGGUGCCAUCUACGAGGGCCACGAGGGACGCUACCAGCUGCCCAGCGUGUCGGAGUACACGGCCUCGAAAGUGAAGCAUGAGUACGGCUCAACGGGCUACGUGCUUCCUAGCCUGUCAAGUACACAGGAGGGCCUGGGGCGGCAUUGUGGGCGCUGGGAGGGCACUGCAGAGUCGAAGGGGUAUUUCCCCACGACGCUGAUUCAGCAGGAGCUGAACAUAACAUGAUUAAUUGCAGUGUUCUUCCCUAUCAAUUCCAACAGUGCUGUGCUGUGAUGCGCUGCGAAUCUUUACGAGCAACUUCCUGCCAGCAUAGCGCAACGGUCUGUCACCCAAGACCAAAGUAUCACAAUUCUCGCACUCCUGUCGCUUUUCUCGGUCGAAAUUACGCUCUAUUCGAUUUGAUCCGAUUUCCUUA